UAUCGGGUGAGAAAAGUGAAAGAGUUGGCAUCGAAGAAGAAAGUGAAAGCGUUGAAUUAACUCCAGAAUUAACUCCAGAAUUAACUCUAGAUGACGAUGAAGAUGGCCCAGAAUUCAAUUAUUAUGAAAAAGGAAAUGAUGUUAAUAUUUGGGAUUAA